CUCGACCAUAUCUAGACAACCACAAGGUCGACCUGACAGCUCGAGAUCUUCCAUCUUAAAAGACAGCAGUUGCUCCCCAGACCCCACUCCCUCCUCCUCAAAUAUAGGUGGUUAGGUACAGCAUCAGAGAUUGCAUCACCUGAGUGUUCCUUGGUCCUGGGGACUCCCUUUUCUGUUUUCGGCGAAUUCGCAUUGGAAGCCGACCAUGGCCGCCCGUUCUACUCCCUGGGCGCCGGGACAGACUUUCGUCAACCCCGCUGCUCCGGAGGUGGAGAGAGUCCAUCUAGACGUAGAGUGCCUCUGCGGAAAAGUUCGAGGUGUCAUCGAUGGUGUGCUCGGCCCGCACCGAGUAUGCCAUUGCGUCGAUUGCAAGCGAAUGACAGGCGGCACGCACCGCGAGUAUUUCAUCGCUCGGGAUGACGAUUUGUCGAUCUCCAGCGGUGCACAUCACAUCGACUCGUUCCGAUUCCUCGGCAAAGCUGCCAUCGCCACGAAUUCGCAUCUCUCCCGCUGCCGCCGCUGCGGCUCUCCCCUGUGGAAGCACGAUGGCGAGAACGAGCCACUGCGUCUCGAGGUCUUCGUCGGCGCUCUGAGAGAUCCAACGUGGCUAGACGACCACUCGCCGGACUUCGAAUUCCAUGAUGGUGAUAGGUGUGCGCGUCUCCCGAGACUUGCCAAUUUACCAGCUCUCCCUUCUACCUCACUCAUGGCCGGUACACCGACCCCCGCCAAUCUUCUUAUCGAGUCGGAUCGUGCCGCCUCUGAACAGGAAGAGCAGCAACACGGAUCUUCCGCCGACAAGUCUCGCUCGGUGCGCGCCAGCAGUGGCUGCCAUCCCCAGUAACUUUGCUAGAUAAAUUCCUCGACGCAACAGUGGCCAUGGAGGAUGGAGCUGGGAGGGGGGGGGGGGGUAGCCGUUCAGUCGGGGUGGUCUUUAUUCUCGUGCUGCUUUCGGGCGUGCGCCCACCGGAUACUGUUUCGUUUUUUAACACUCCCCUCUGUGCUGUUUUGGAGGGAGUACACUCGGAUUUCUUUUCCCCCCUCAGUCUUGAUCGCAGUCUCGCCAGCUAGGCCGGGUAGGCAAG